AUCCACAACAUACAACUUCGCCCAUAUUCCAAUUACUACACUCAUUCACUACUCAGUCACCACCCAUCCACCAAUCCAAACCGCCAACAUGAGAGGAAACGCCGCCCAGGUCAAGGUCCACUACAAGGGCUCCGACGACGACUACAUUGUCUUUGUCGACUCUGCUCAGGCUGUCCGUGAGUGGAAGGCCGACAAGUCUGUCCCUCUUGCCCAGGUUGUCAGCGGCUGGAAGGUCUUUGUUACCCACAACCACGGCACCCAGGGUGUUCUCGACGCUGCCUCGCAUAGCCAGCUUGACAACGAGUUCGGCACCCACAAGGAGGAGGAUGUUGUUCAGCAGAUCCUCGAGAAGGGUGACAUCCAGGAGACCGAGAACUCUGCUCGCAACGGCGACCGUAACAUCACCCAGGGCCCUUCGGUCGGCCACUAGACGCGGUCUGAAGUGCCAGUUCGAACUGCUCAC